GGCCGCAGUGGUUGCCAGGUAACCGCGAGCGGUCAGGUCCUGGGAGCAGGCCGUGAAGAGUUUGCCGAGGCCGAGUGAGGGCGAAGGAGUGGGUGUAACCCUGUCCCCUGCAGGGUUUGGAGGACUGGGCCCCGAGACCCCCGCCUGCGCAUCCCCCCGACUUCCACAGGGUUGCCAGGGCCCUCAGUCCUAGGGCACCCAGGGUCUGCACCCGGAGGAGAAUGAAAGGAAUGCAAUGUGAUGACGUGGUUUGAUACAGCCAAGCGGGCAGCAGCACUUCCUGGUUUGGCAUGUUAAAAAAUAAGUUUCAGGGGCACUUGUGUAGACGCGGUAACUUAGCAAUCACUGCGGUUGCUUUACAAGAUCACAUUUUACAUGACCUUCAACUACAAAACCCUUCGGUGGCCAAUCCUUCCCAGACAAAGACACAGAAGAGAGAGAAUGAACUCAAAUCUCUAAAAAGAAAUGCGAAAGCUGUAAUAGACACAGGACUUCAAAGGAGGACACAAGGCCCCAGAGAAGCUGAUCCAGAAAGAGAGUAUGUUCUCGAUCCCAAACCACCACCACUAACUUUGGCGCAGAAGCUGGGCCUGUUCGAAUCCCCUCCACUGCCACUCUCGUCAGACGAAUGGGACAAAGUGAGACAGAGGUCCGUCUCGCAAGGAGACUCCACGCAGCCGUGCCCAGUGUGCAAGGAAGAGUUCCAGCUGCGCCCCCAGGUGCUGCUCUCCUGCUCCCACGUGUUCCACAGGGCGUGCCUUCAAGCCUUUGAAAAGGUCACGGGUAACAAAACCUGUCCCCUCUGCAGACAGAACCAGUACCAAACCCGGGUGAUUCACGACGGGGCCCAGCUGUUCAAAAGAAAGUGUGCGACGAGGAUCCAAGCCUGCUGGAGGGGACACGUGGUCAGGAAGUGGUACCGAGACCUGAGGAGGACACUGCCACCCACAGACGCCAAGCUGAGGAGAAAAUUCUUUGAAGAAAAGUUCACAGAAAUCAGCCAGCGCAUGCUCUGCUCCUACCACACGGACAUCGACGAGCUCCUGGCAGAGAUCGACCACUGCCUGGCCGUCAACCGCAGCGUCCUGCAGCAGCUGGACCAGCAGUGUGGCCGCAGGCUCACCGACGAUGACUGGCAGAAAAUCCAGACGCAGGCCCUGCUCCGGGACACCCAGGAGUGCUCCAUCUGCCUCACGCCGCUGUCCGUGGGCCCCAGCAGCCCCUCGGGGAUGGACAGCAGCUCACCAGCGCGGCCCACGGCGCUCCUGUCCUGCUCACACGUGUUCCACCACGCCUGCCUCCUGGCCCUGGAGCAACUCUCCUGGGGGGACGCCUCCCCCUUCCAUGCCUGUCCCCUCUGCCGUGCCUGCUACCAGAAGCGGAUUCUGGAAAGUUGAGUUCACAGGAAGGAAAAAAAUCCCACAAUUCUGGGGCAAAGUGGACCUUAAUUUGGGAUGAAUUGUGGGAGUUUGGGGUUGAGCAUGACAGGAUAAACUGUUCUGCAGUGAAGAAAAUGUUUAAUACUUGUACAUGGAAAGCACAACUAUAUUUUUAAAAGCUGACCACUGAUCCAGUUUUCAUCUUUAGAGAAAGAAAACGUCAAGUGCCUGAGUUCAAUCAGCUGAAAUAUGACAGCUAAAACUUGAGUUUCUGAGGCCCUGUGCCUCACCGACCUGCUGUGCGUCCAGCGGACCCAUGGGCGCUUGGGACAGCAUGCACCUGCCCUCUCCCAGGCAGGCCGGCCCCCUGGCCGGCUCUCGAGGCUCCGGGCAGCACCCAGGGGCGUGGCUACUGCCCGUCACAGGUGUCUGACCGCCCAGGGCCUCGUGACCCUCUGCCACCAGAUCUCUCAGGAGGAACUUUCCUUCUUUGUGUGACAUGACCCUCCCAGGGGCAUUUGUGUGUGUGAACCCAAACAUAAAAAUAAACUGCUCGGCAUUAGGAGACGGUCAACCACCUUUUCACAACGCAGGGCCACACCAUUUCAGCUCAGCCUGGACGA